AUGGAACCCGUUCUCAUUGUAGGUGCCGGCAUUGUCGGACUGACGCUCGGUCAAGCUCUUCAAAAGGCCAACAUCCCCUUCCGCAUUUACGAGCGUGAUGCGUCGCCGGAUGCCCGCGGUCAAGGCUGGGCCAUUACAUUGCAUUGGGCCCUAGAGUACAUUCAACAGAUGUUGCCCGAGGAGACAUUACAAGCUAUCCAGGAGGUACAGGUGGACCCACAAGUGGCCAAGAACGACAAUGGGAAUUUCCUUUUCAUUGACCUCGCGACCGGCGAGCCCAAGUUCAAGAUCCCCCCUAGCACCCGCUGGCGGGUCAAUCGGGAGAAGAUGCGCCAAGCCUUGCUUCGGGGAAUCGAAGACCAUGUUAGUUGGAAUUCUCAAGUGGUUGAUGUGGAUGUGAAAAGUGACUCUACUGCUGCUCCGUGUCUGGUCCUGGCAGAUGGCACCCGCGUGUCAGGAAGAUUCGUUAUCGGCGUCGAAGGAAGUCGAUCGUUGGUGAGACGAGUCCUGCGGCCCGAUGCAUACAGCAACUCUGUACUUCCCAUCAGAUUCACAGGGGUAGCAGUGGAUUUGUCCCCGCAAGAAAUCAAGCCGCUGCGAUCAAUGGAUCCCUUGCUAUUCCAGGGUUGUCAUCCCAGCACGGGCGUGUUUUUCUGGUUCUCGAUGCUCGAGACUCCAGACAGAAAUGGCACGCGGGGAACACCCGACGAGCAUUAUCGGGCCCAGAUAUGUAUGUCAUGGCCGGUGAAAAGUGAGGUAGACGAAGUGGCUGCCACCGAUACUGAGCGAUUGGAGAAUAUGAAGCGACGCUCAGUUGGUUUCGUGCCGUUUCUGCGAUCUGUUGUGGAAGGCAUCCCGAAAGGAACCCCGGUAGUGGAGAUUAAACUGGCAGAUUGGGAAUGUUUGGAUUGGGAUAACUGUGAUGGUCGAGUCACCCUGGCUGGGGAUGCAGCCCACGCUAUGACGAUGUAUCGGGGAGAAGCUGCGAAUCAUGGGCUGUUAGACGCCUUUAAUCUCUUUCAGGCAUUGAAGAAGGUGUAUGCGGGCGAGAAGGGGGCCAAGGAUGCGUUGGAUGAGUAUGAGGCAGAGAUGCGGUCGCGCACUAGACGCGCCGUCCGGCUCAGUCGACAGGCCUGCCACGAUGCCCACGCUUGGGAACAAUUGAAUGAACACUCGGCCAUUUUGACUAAAAGGGCUGUUACGGGCGAAGCUGAGCGUUUAUAG